AUGGAUAUUGAAGGAGUUAGUAAAUGCGAAGGCUAUUAUAUAAUUAAAUAUCUAGGUCAUGGAGCUUGUGGAGUGUAUAAAAUUGAUUAUAAGUCAUAAGUGUUAAAUUGGGAAAAAAAGGUCAUGAAUUAGUAGCCAUUAAGUUUUUGAAUAUCAAUAAUGAAAAAGAAAGAGCUAAAAUACAAAUUCACCAAAUAUAAGAGGUUUGUAUUUUAUAAAAACUUUUUGACCAUCAAAGAAUAAUUAAACUUAUAACAUAUAGAGAUAAUCUUACCUACAAAGUAAUUAAAUUUUUAUAAAUAGAAAAAAAAUGGAUAAAUUGUUUAUAAAAUUGGUAUGAUCUUAGAAUUAGGAGAAAAAGGUAGUAUGAAUUCGUAUUUGAACGUGCUUCAAAGAUUUGAUGAAAAAACUUCAAGAUUUUAUUUUCGUUAAUUGAUGACAGCUUUAAUUUAUAUGAAAAAACAUAACAUUUGUCAUUUGGAUUUAAAACCAGAUAAUAUUGUGUUUGACUCAGAUUUUAAUUUGAAAAUUGCAGGAUUUGGAAUUUCUAAAGAAGCAAAUGGCCUUAUAAACGACUUCUUUGGAGGAACAGAAUGUAUAUUUACAAUUUAAAAUUUUAGAUUAUAUGGCACCUGAACUUUUGGGUAGAAUAGCCUAUGAUGGAUCAAAAGUUGAUGUUUUUGCUGCUGCAUAAAUAUUAUUUAAAAUGAUAACUGGUUAAUUUGCUUUUAACAAUUGUAAAGAAUAACUAUAUAAUUUAAUUAAAUAGAAUGAUUAUGCCUAAUUUUGGAAUAUUUAAAAUAAAUAACAUUAAACACUAUUUCCAUAAGGAUUUCCAGAUGAUUUUAAGUAUUUUAUAUUGUUCUAUAUUUUAAGAGAUCUCAUUAAUAGGAUGUUUGAUCCUGAUUUUAAUAGAAGAAUAACACCUGAAGAAUGUUUGUAACAUCCUUGGACAAUGGGUGUAGAAGCUAAUUUAUAUUAAAUAUAAGAAUAAUUCAAUUCUGAAAUUGAAAAAAUAGAUUAAUUAUUGGAAGAAUAAAAAAAGAAAUAUAAACAUGAUAAAUAGUAAAGAAUGGAAUUAGAAAUUGAAUCAACUACAAAUUCUUAAUAAUAAUAAUCAUAUAAAUCAGGAAAUAGUUAGAAAAAGAAUCCAAUGAUAAAUAAAAAAAGAUAGAUAAUGAAAAAAUUCAAAUUUACUUUUGAAAAUAGAGUUUUAAAGAGGAGUCUGCCAACUAAAAUGAUUGAUGAGAUCUUAAUUUAUGAUGAUCCAUAGAAUUUGUUUUGUUCUAUAAUUGAUCAUUUUGAUAAAUGCGGUAAAAUUAUAAAUAUACAUGAAACUAAAUAUAAAGUAAUAAAAUUAAAUAUUUUAAUUAGCUAAAUGUUAAUAUUAUGGAAAAUGAUUAAGAAAAACAAGAAAUGCUGAUUGAAUUAAAAAAUCUUGAAGAUGAUAAGUUAAGAGUUGAAGUUCUCAAUUUGGGAGAUGACUUUAUAAAGUUCAAUGAAGAAAUUUAGAAACUAAAACAGUCGAUUUAAUAACAAAGAGAUGAAGUACCAAUAUAGCAAUAAUGAAUUUAUUAAAAAAAAUUACAACCACC